AUGUCGGACCAAGCAUCAUCAACUGAUACAUCUGGCUCGACUGAACUUAAAGCUGGUCAUGCUCCAGCUACUAAAGUAGGUGGUAUGCGUGUUGGUGCACCUCGACCACGACAUACAUCACAAGGUGAAGAGAAAAAUGCUGCUGCUGGUACUGGUAGUAAUGCUGAAAAUACUGAAGGUGCUGAAGAAUCAUCAGGCGAUAAUGCAGCUACAACCGAAACUAAUACAACAAACGAAACACCUGUUGAAGAUGUUGAUAAUGAAGAGCCUACAAGCACUGUUGCUCAUCGUACAGCUGGUGAAAUGGUUUCAGGAGUAUUUGUACCAGUAUAGGAAAAAAUAUCAACAAAAACAACAGCAGCAGCAACAACAACAACAACAGUACAAGUUAAAUAUUUUACAUUAUCAUUUCAUGUUAUUUAA